GAAAGUGAAACCGAUCAGAACAGGCAGUAUCUGUUUUAGCAGCAAAGCUUUGUUUGCUACUGGCGAUUACUUCAUUUAUCACAUAACAGUACCGAGGGAAGAUGUGAGGAAACGAAACUUCGGCUCAGCCCCUAUUUUUUUCUCUCAACGAGCAGGCAAUCAGAGGCGAGCAAAGAAAUGACGUUCGGAAACCGGUUCGGAGAAUAAAAAGGAGGGCAGCAGAGACAGAGAGAGAGAGACACCCCAGGGAGACAGAGCCGAGAACCGGGUACUUCCAGUGGACGGACGGACGGACUUCUCGUUCACAUAUUGCAUCCAGAUCGUGGAGCCGGCGCGGAUAAAGCAGGUGGAAGACAAAGUGCUGAGAAAGGAGCCUUGGGAACGAGUCUGCUGUUUAACUUUCCUGAAGCGGAACCUCCAGCGAGGAUUUUUGACAACAUGAGACUCCAGGUGAAGUUUAUGACUGGUGAUGUUGUCUCACUUGAUAUCAACACUUCCAUCCAAGUGUCAGCUCUCAAGAUGAUGAUAUAUCAGAAGACCAAUGUGCCUGUUUACCAACAGCGUCUGGUGAUACAAAACGGGAACACGCAAGAGCUGAAGGAUGACAAGAGGCUGUCUGACUACUGCGUCCCUCCCAGUAACACUGUCAUUCUGAUCGUCAAGAAUGAGGAUCGCAUGCAGAUAUUCCUGCAGAAUGAUAAGGGAAAACUGUCUACAUACGAUGUUCUUCCCUCUGAGUCUGUUCGGGAGUUUAAACAACGUGUACAACGACAGGAGGGAGUCCCAGCCAAUCAGCAGCGCCUGAUGUAUGACGGGAAACAGCUGGAGGAUGGCCACUCACUCUCUGACUACAAUAUUCAGCCAGAGAGCACUAUCUUCCUCCUGCUGCGUCUGCGGGGUGGCUCACUGUGACAGCGCCAAUACUUGUCAAAAUCUACUGUUUUACUUUCCAAUUAUAAAAUUCCUAUACAGUAAGGGAUAACAGUUAGUAAGUUAAUGAUCUUUUGGCUGUCACUCUUGGUCUGUAUAGCACACAAAAGUGGGCUACUCCCUGCCCAUAUUCCUGAAGUGUAUAUGCAGACCAUAGCUAGCAGGUGCAAUCAGCAAGAGAUAUUCCAGGGCAAGGAGGGCAAAAAGAACGUGAAAAGGGAAGUGGCAAGUAUUUUUUAUUGAAUAAAUGUUGUCAAA